CCUGCUCCUGCCGCCACUACAAUAGCUUUAUUAGAUGACAGCUUAUAUAAAGAGAAGUAUACUCACAACAUAACGUUUUAUCUUAUUAUAACCAAGCCAAGAAUUAUAUUUCCCCAAUCACUCCAUCAAAGACUUGCGAACUAAAAGAGUGGAGCUUCCUCGGUAAGAAGAGAUGCAGAAGGACAUGAGAACCGCAGAAGAUCAACAUCUUCCACCAGGGUAUCCAGCUGCAGAAGAAGUCUUUGAACAACCUGGACAAGACAAGAAUAAGAAGAAGCCCUUCGAGACAAAGCAGAAAGGAGACAGAGGCUUCAUUGAAGGAUGUCUCUUUGCACUAUGCUGCUGCUGGAUUUGUGAGAUGUGUUUCUAAGACAAAAAAAGAUGAAUACAGUGUGUCAAGCUUCCUUAUGUUAUCUAUUACUAUUAGUGGCUUUUAAUAUAGCAGCUCAAUCUGAACUUUCUUAUACUAUCCGUGUGGUGUUUGUAUGUAUUAAACAGAGAUUAUUAUUAUACUUAAUAAUGUAAAGGUCAUGAUCAUAUUUUCUGAGUUGGUGUAGGAUUCUGAAUUGA